AUGACUGCCGAACCGGCUCCAAAUGAUCCCAAUGCACUCGCCGCUUGCAAACAAGAGCCGCACGAGGGCCACCUGAAAAUCAUUGCCACUUGGAACGACAUCACGAUUCUGGAGCAUCAUAUGACCAAGGAAACAUUGUUGCUGCGUGGCGAGGUCACAUUGAAAUUCAAUGCUGCCGGUUUCGCGUUCGUCCGAGUGGCAGGGGAGAGUACGUGGCUGUCGAAGCUCUUGAAGUAUCACCUUUUUAGACGUGCUUCCAGCGAGGGCGACACGUCCGAGGGCUCGUCGGAGACGGAGCCUUUCGUUAUUACCCGCACAGAGACAGGAACCCAGUCGCAAUGGCUGAAAAGCUUCCUCCUUGGAAGAAGACUGUUGCAGACUGAUUUGUCAACCGCACUCCAAACGGAGAAACCAGUCUCCAUUCUGCAAGCCCGAGGACCCUGUAGGCAUUUCUGGCGGCUUACUUCCUUUAUCCGAAAGCCACGACAGACGAUUAUGGGCAAGCUGCGACGGUUCUGGCUGCCAGCCUUUGUGUCCGAGCUCCAGCUGGAAAGCGGGAGAGGGCACGUGCUCUGGCCGCCUCACUGCAAGGAGACGGGACAAGGCGAAACGGAGGACACGGCUCAUGAUCUGUUCGUCAGCACGUUGUUUCUCUGCUUUCUGCUGCAUAUGUUGUACGUCUACUCUGAUGAGACCACGACAUUGCUCCCCCUGUUCCUUCAGAGGUUGUUGCCGGAGAAGUGGAGGGUUCGGGUCGCGUCCGAGGCAGCUUCUCUGGUCAUCCGACACGGCAAUGUCACAUUGUCCGAGUUGACCGAGAGGACCUGCUACAAAGAGCGGAUGCGGGGCUCCAAGAAGACUGUGCCCAUGAAGUCCAGGAAGACCCAGCCCGUGCACGAGGUGCUCAAGCAACUCUGGAGGACGAAGGCCCUGCGGUGGCUUCGAGCAGACGUCUUGAAAGGCUUGUCCGGGGCAGUGGAUGCUGGUGUUCUGGCCUCCGACUUCGGGGAGGAUCCCUGCCAGGACUCCAUUUUCGACAGCAGCGACAAGCCAGACAUGCGUGAUCCUGCCGUCCGAAUGGCCAGAGUGCGAGCAGCCCGCGUCGUCCGAGGCCCCGCCGAUGCCAAGCUGUCCGCCCGAGCCAAGACCAACCUGAAGGUGCAGAAGGUCCGAGCUCGGUCGAUGGUGAAGGCCAGGCAGCGCGUCCGAGAACGGUUCCAGUAUUGGAUGUCCUGCAGGCGGGUGCUUGGAUCGGCGAAGACGUUGCACAUUGCCUUCGAUGCGUCCCGAGUCGGAGGCAAGAAGAGGUCGUACUAUGCGAUCCUGGACAGCCACACUGGGUUGGCAGCAUGGGGGCCACCGCUGAUUCUGAGGGAUUCUGGGUACAGGGCUGUCACGUCCGAGCCCACUCCCGAGGAGCAGGGGAGGCUGGACUCCAAGACCCGAGGGUAUCUGCUGAGCUUGCGUGCCCGAGACAAUGCUCUGUCGUCCGAGGCUGCGGCGCCUGUGGUCGAGAAGAAGCAGCGGUUGCCUUCUUUCGAGCAGGUGGUGGCGCUGGAGCAGACGUUGCAGAGCAUGUGUCCGAGUGCAGCAAGCCUGCUGGAGUUCACAGCCCCAGACCCGGAAGGUCGCCUGGAGAUGCCCGUGCUGUGUUUCAAUGCGGACGCUGGGCCGGACGUAAUGAGCUGCUUACAGUUCUUGCAGAACCACGUCCGAGUCCGCAUGAUCCACUUUUGGGAUCCAAGACACCGACUCGCCCGAGAGUUGGAAAAUGCUGUGAGCCAUGCAAAGCUGAAAGGCGCCCUGUCCCUAGGCGAGCUAGUUAUCAACUUUAGUCGGGGCCCGUGGAGCUCGCACAAAUGGUUCCGCCGUCUGCAGGAGGAGAUGGUAGACUUCGCUGCAACACUGUCUGCUGCACCGCCAGACGUGCGAGAGAGAGGCGGCUUUCUCUUUCAGCAUCUCCGGGAGGAGAUUGCACUCCAGGCUGGCUUGCAUGUCGAGGAAGUCACACCCGAGAAAUGCAAGGAUCUCUUGCAACACAGCGGCUUCUUGAGGAAGCGUGGGCCCAGCAACAUGAGCAGGUGGGAUGCAUUUGCUGUGGGUUGGUCCGAGAGAAAGUCCGAGCUGGGCCUCCUGAAGCUACUGUGCCUGUCCUAUGGCCUCAAAGCCGGCUAUCUCCAGCCGGCGACCAAUGCCGCCGCCAACCGAGCUACCGAAGAAUGGGCCGGCCAGGUCUUGUCCGAGGGCGACGGAGACAACACAUUGGGCUCUGAUGCCAAGCAGCGCCUGUUCCAGAAGUGCGUCAACAAGCUUCAUGUGGUCACCAACAUCUUGUUGCAGAAAGACACGUGUGACAAGCUCAACUGUUGGUUUCACUUGAGUUGGCCGAUCUCUCAGGAGCUGCAUCGCCUCAGGACCACCCUGAAGAGAGGUCGAGAUGGUUGUGAACAGCAUCUCCUAGAAGAGGCCCGCGGCUCUAGCUUGGAAGUCCUCACGACCAUCUUCGAGACUGCAGUGUGUCCCGACGUCCGAGAAGACCUGGCUAUUUGGCACGGUGCCCGCCUCGGUGCAGGGAUGAUCGGCCGAAUGACGGUCGAGGACCCUAUCGUCAAAUUCCAGAACAAGACAUGCCAGAUGGUGCUGGAAACUGCUUUGGAAUUGGCUCACGUCAAGAUGCAGUAUGCCUCGGUUACCAUGUUUUCUUGGCCCUCCCAGCUCGUCCUCCUUGCCUUCGGAACCGAAGAAGAGCAGAACGUUACACUCGUGAAUCUGUACCUGUCCGAGCAGGCACACGCCCGAGCCAUGGCCAACAGCGAGAAGCUGAAAUGGCUCCGGGUGUUUGCAAAGCGAUCGCCGAUGGGGUCCAGGCUUAUGCGGGACGUCGUCGCGAACUUGCAUUCGUCCGAGUGGCGCAUCACGAAACGUUUGCUGAAUUGGCUGCAGCCGCUCUUCCGAGGUUUGGGGGCCACCUGGAACGAGGAAGCGUUUGGCGACGCCCGAGAGUUGGAGGGCAAGGAGAACAAGGGCCACGAGCUGAGCUCCACGGAGGCUUGGGAGUGUUGCUCUUACAGUCGGACGCUCACCUCCUUUGGAUUUCGGGAAAUCCAAACCGAGCCGACCGAGGCCGAAGGCAACAUUCCCGAGUCUCUCUUCCGUCUGGAGAAAAACAAGGUGCCCGAGAAAUUGAAAGCAAUAACUGCACCAAUGAAGUGGACCUCCCUCAGCCAAAUUGGUCUUUGUGCUGUGGCCUGCGAGUUGGCCGUCCUGAAGGAUGCCAUGGAUCAGGACCGAGUGGCUCAGCUUAGCGACUCCUGGCGGAGCGGGAUGUUAAGAAGAGGCACCGUAGUUGGCCACACCUCUUUUCCCGAGUCCGACAGAUAUCUAUCCAUGGGCGCCUGGCCAUCGCAUUCCGGUGCACUUCUGCUGCCCUUGAAAACCUGCCAGGGCGGCUUCAACUUGGACCUUCCACUCACAAAAGACAAGCUGAAGUUUGUUCAGGUCUUUCGACUCUCCGAUUGGUUUGCGUUGCCCACGACCGUUAAGAGCCCUUUGCACCAUGCCAUUCGAAACGGCGGCACUCCGACAACCGCACCCCUCCUCACGGUGACAGGCGAAGCCCGGAAACCUAUCCUUCAGUACUGUGCGGAGCAUGCUUUCUUCGACAUGGACGAAACACGACUGUCUUUCAUUCUCAAGGAAGAGUGUGGCAUGGGAGACCUCGAUUUUUCCAAUGCCGAAACUGCCUUGGGUGAGAUGCUUUCCACGGCCGUUCAAAAGACUCUGUCUGUGUCCGAGGACCAGGCAGCAGACAUCAUGGAAAGGUCCCUGAAGUAUCGGCAAGCCGAUGAUGCAGAUUUGAAUGAAAUCCUGCAGUCGCCCGAGUUUCAGGAGCUCCUGACGGCCGAAACUGACAAGCAAAUCAAGGAAGUCUUGUCCGAGUCCAAAACAAAGCAUCGCAAGGCCAUGUUCGAGUCGAAACAACUUUACUCGGAGGAACACGUCAAUGGUUGGUUGCCGCCGCAGCAUACCUCAAGACGUGAUGAGUUCAACAAAUGCUGGCGUGCCGAGGAUAGAAACGGAGUGUCCACGUCCCGGUCCUGGGGCGACCAGGGUGACGGCUAUGCUCUGCACCGCAUGCUGACGGCUGCCUGGGAGAAAUACCUAUUUCUCCACCCGGCCGAGACUUGCCCUUGGGAUUUCACAUGCCCGAGCAGCAGGAGCAGCCUCGACCGAGCAGCCGGAGCAGCCUCGACCGAGCAGCCGCCACUCAAUUCCAGCGGCAUCAGUCUGCCCGAGACCAUGGAAUAG